UCCUGCCUUCCCUUUUUUAUCCAGAAGUAGCUUUGUCCCACAACCAGACCAUGGGUCUACUAAUUGCCCCCACUUUCUUGUCAUAUAUGUUGUGGCUGCCAGUGAUGAGCUGUGUGCAGUGCCCUGAGCCAUGACACCCUGAGCAACCCUAACACUUAUUGCCUCAAAAAGUACAGGAAGUAUCUGGGAGUCACGAGUCUUGCAGACAGUGCAGUGCAUCCCACCUCUUUACCCUCUGCCUUGUAGAGUGACUAUGUUCAGAUCCAUGCCUUCCAGUUCUGCCCCUUCCUCUAGCUAAUGGUUGUUUUUGACUUCCUUUGCCAGGUCAUGGUCAUUACUUAUACGAACCGUGGAGUGUACUUGUUACCUUCAGUUGUUUGUAAUGUUGUUUUCCCUGAUUGCUAAUGCUUGCUGAAUUGCUCUUAUCCAGUGUUGGCUGCUCACCUCUGUUGUCUUUCAUUAAGACUCGGAUCAUUCAGGUUCUGAGUAAUUGUGCAAUAGAAGGUGCAAGGAGAACCCUGAUUUUUUCACAGGGUGAACAUGAUAAAAUGGUCCCAGAGGAGGCCUGGCCCUGGUGAGUUGCAGCUGGGGAAGAGGAUGACAUAAGGGCUGUGUUCAGAUCAUGCCAGGAUGCUACCUUGUGUCCAUAGUGGUUUGGUGCCAGUGCCACUGGCCAUACCUAAUUUUUACCUUUUCUUUCCUAUCCUGGACACUUUGUUGACUUAUCAUUUUAUCUAUGACUGCCUGGCUUCUGGCUAUCUUCCCCUCUGUGGCCUCCGUGCAUCACCUGUUAUUCUGCACUGCUCCCUCUGCAGUAUUCUCCAACAUUGACCUGCGCUUUUGUUAUGAGGUGUGCAUACAUCCUUAAGUAGUUCGCGGACACCAACUACUCAUUUAUUGAAUUUUACUGGUGGAAAUCAUAACCAACCUUCUGCACAGCUUGCCCAUGUCACCAGCAGACAAGCCUUGAUGAACACUGUUAGCAGAAGAAUGAGCUGGAGAUCCUACUUCUCUCCUAUGUGAUGCAUGCCAUCUUUGUGUCCUUUUACUGGUUGUUGGGAUAAAUCGGAAGAUGAGGAGGCCCUUUGUGAGCAGAUCGUAUCUGUAGAAGGAGAGUCACAGGUCAGGGUGUCUAUGACAGCUCCAGCAACCCAGAAGACUCAUUCCUGUGAGCAGUGUGUCUUAGUCUUGAAAGCUAUUUUCCACCUGACAGAGUUCCAAGCAACAAACCUUGAGCAGAAUGCAUUCUUCAAUGAUGCAUGUGUGAGAGACUUCGGUUUCAGUGCAAACCUUCACCAGCAACAGAGUGAUGCCAUUGCAGAGGAGCCCUGGAUAGGAGAUAUGGACAGGGCUUCAUUUGUGACCAGCAGCAGCUUUUAUGUAUCAGGGGCACCUUUCACCAAUAGGGACAUUCAGGAGGACUUUCCAGCCAUAUCAGGCCUUCUCCAGCACCAGGCCACUCUUAACACUAAGGACCCACACAGUGACAGUGAGAGUGGUCAGAUUGUUAACAGUGGAAAAAGUCAUCAUGAGUGGGGUGAAUAUGAAAGAGCUGCCUUCCACAACCAGAAACUUCUUCAACAUCAGAGUGUCUAUUCUGGAGAAGGCCUUUUUGAGUGUAGCAAAUGUGGGAAAGCCUCUAUACAAAUGUUUAACCUCAUUCUACCUAGGAGAGUUCACACAGGAGAAAAACAGUCCUAUGAGUGCAGUAUUUGUGGGAAAUCCUUUAACCGUGAGUUUUUCCUCAUUCGACAUCAGAGUGUUCACACUGGAGAAAAGCCCUAUCAGUGCAGUGUUUGUGGGAAAUGCUUCAGCUGCAAAUAUAUUCUCAUUCAACAUCAAAGCAUUCACAAUGAAGAAAAGCCUUAUGAAUGCAGUUUCUGUAAGAAAUGCUUUAGCUACAAAUUUAAUCUCAUGAGACACCAGAAAAUUCAUACUGGUGAAAAUCCUUAUGCAUGUACUGAUUGCGGAAAGUCUUUCAGCCACAGCUCUGCCCUCAUUCGACACAAAAGAGUUCACACUGGAGAAAAGCCAUAUGAGUGUAGUGAUUGUGGAAAGUCCUUCAGCAACAGCUCUGCCCUCAUUCAGCACCAGAGAGUUCACACUGGAGAAAAGCCGUAUCAUUGUAGUGUUUGUGGAAAGUCCUUCAGACAAAGCUCUGCCCUCAUUUAUCACCAGAAAGUUCAUGCUGGAGAAAAGCCGUAUGAGUGUGGUGAUUGUGGGAAAUGCUUUAGGUACAAAUACAUACUCAUUCAACAUCAGAGAGUUCACACUGGAGAAAAGCGGUUUGAAUGCAGUGUUUGUGGGAAACGCUUUAUCUAUAACUUCAACCUCAUUAAACACCAGAGAAUUCAUACUGGUGAAAAGCCGUAUGUGUGUAGUGAUUGUGGGAAGUCCUUUAGAAGAAGCUCUUCCCUCAUUCAGCACAAAAGUGUUCACAGUGAAGAAAGACCUUAUGAGUGUAAUGAAUGUGGGAAAUCUUUUACCCGUGCAUCUAACCUCCUUAGACACUGGAGAGUUCACACGGGAGAAAGGCCCUAUGAGUGCAGUGAUUGUGGGAAGUCCUUCAGCCACAGCUCUGCCCUCAUUCAACACAAAAGAGUUCACACUGGAGAAAGACCUUAUGAGUGUAAUGAAUGCGGAAAAUCUUUUACUCGCACGUCAAACCUCCUUAGACACUGGAGAGUUCACACUGGAGAAAGGCCCUAUGAGUGUAGUUACUGUGAGAAGUCCUUCAGCCACAGCUCUGCCCUCAUUCAACACAAAAGAGUUCACACUGGAGAAAGACCUUAUGAGUGUAAUGAAUGCGGAAAAUCUUUUACUCGCACGUCAAACCUCCUUAGACACUGGAGAGUUCACACUGGAGAAAGGCCCUAUGAGUGUAGUUACUGUGAGAAGUCCUUCAGCCACAGCUCUGCCCUCAUUCAACACAAAAGAGUUCACACUGGAGAAAGACCUUAUGAGUGUAAUGAAUGCGGAAAAUCUUUUACUCGCACGUCAAACCUCCUUAGACACUGGAGAGUUCACACUGGAGAAAGGCCCUAUGAGUGUAGUUACUGUGAGAAGUCCUUCAGCCACAGCUCUGCCCUCAUUCAACACAAAAGAGUUCACACUGGAGAAAGACCUUAUGAGUGUAAUGAAUGCGGAAAAUCUUUUACUCGCACGUCAAACCUCCUUAGACACUGGAGAGUUCACACUGGAGAAAGGCCCUAUGAGUGUAGUUACUGUGAGAAGUCCUUCAGCCACAGCUCUGCCCUCAUUCAACACAAAAGAGUUCACACUGGAGAAAGACCUUAUGAGUGUAAUGAAUGCGGAAAAUCUUUUACUCGCACGUCAAACCUCCUUAGACACUGGAGAGUUCACACUGGAGAAAGGCCCUAUGAGUGUAGUUACUGUGAGAAGUCCUUCAGCCACAGCUCUGCCCUCAUUCAACACAAAAGAGUUCACACUGGAGAAAGACCUUAUGAGUGUAAUGAAUGCGGAAAAUCUUUUACUCGCACAUCUAACCUCCUUAGACACCGGAGACUUCACACUGGGGAAAACCCUUAAAUGUGUAGGAAAUGCUUUAUUUCCUCACUCAGUAUAACAACACUGGAUGAGACUCUUUGAGACCCAUUUACCUGAAUUUAAAUCUGUAUUAGUCGAACAUACAAUGUGCUGGAAUCCUCAUGAGCUUGAGGUACAAAGGAGGUAUUAAGGAGGUGCAUUGCACUUUCUAACCUGUCCAGAUUGAUAUCACUGCUAGUUUUUGUGGCUGAGACCAUUUCACCUCUACCACCUGGCUCCACCUGCACAGUGUGCGUCAAUCACAACCCCUGCAUGCUCAGGGAAGCUGACCCCUGUGUUCUCACUUUUGCUUGAGGAAAUUAUGAAUACACAGAACUCUUGGUACGAUCUUCAUUCCUUUCUUUCUACUAGGUAAUGGACCUGACCCAGUUUGGUCCAGAGGACCCAUCCUCAGCUAAGAAGGACUACCUUUUUUAUGGACAUUGUUCUCACAUUAUGUUGUGGGGAAUUUUUCCAGGUACUCAUUCACCAACCUGGGAACCGUUGUACACUGCUCUGGAUUAUGGAUAUUUUCGUGAAGGUCUUUGUGCUUUUGUAUCUUAAUUUUGCUGGUUGUAUUCACUGCGUGAGAUCAUUUGAAAUAAGAAUGGUGAUCUGUCAGCUUAUAGAGGUGAACAGAUUUUGUGGGGAUCCCAAACUUUCUGUGUUUCAGAAGGGAUAUAAUGAUGGCAGAAAAAUGCUCUUUAUUCAAUGUUGGCUUAUUUUGCAUUGCUGCCCAAGGCCUUGAAAGAAAGACUACAUGACUUUUUGUUCCUAAUAUACAUUCUAGUUCCAUGAUUAUUGGGGAGGUGAGAGGUAACUCUGAAGAGGAGGCGUUUUUCACGCUUCUGUGAACAAUAUGAAUUUUAUUCCCUUUUUUAUAGUAUACAUUACAUAAUUCUACCAAUCCUGAGGUACUGCAAAGGAGCCAUGUGCCAUGGUGUAUGAAAUUUCAUAGGCUGGUGUCAUUUAAGACUCUGAGGGUUAGGUAGGACCACAGUUGGGACAGAAGCACUGUAUUAAUAGUGCGUGGAAGACACUGCAAUGAAUUAGAUGAAUGGUGCCUCUUCUGAAAGUUCUUCCACAAAUGUUCCAGGGCCUGUGGCUUGUGUGAUCUGUGGUUACAGACAUUCUCAUGACCGUUAGAGCUGUUUCUAACAGCUUUGUGGCUUUCCCUAGGCUCUCUUGAGGUUUUCACCUCAAGGCCAUUGCUCUACAGACAAGCAAACAAAGCUAGAAAGGAUGGUCCUAUAGUCAUUCCCAGGAUGUGUCUUUUGUGACCCAGUCAGCAUUCCUGUAGUUCUUACUGUUUGCCAAUAUUUGCUGCCAUUGAGGCAAGGCUGCCCCUUCCAGAACAUGAGAAGAGAGAUGGUAGAGUACAUAUAGGCUUGCCAACCUGAUUUUCUUAGUAAACAGGGAUUAUUUAGGUCUUAAUUGGAACUGGUUUUUAAAGCUUUAUUCAUUUGUAUAUGUAUAAUUGAUGUGCAACAAAGUGCACUUAUCUAAAGUGUACUAUUUGAUGAGCUAUGAUAUACAGAUAAGCUAUGAAACCACACAUGAAAUGGACUUAUCUGUCACUCAUAUACAGGGUAGGAAUGUAGGUUUAAAGUAGUAAGUACAUGGGCCAUAUAGUUUAUUCUUGUAUUAUUAUUUAUUAAUUAUUUUAUUAUUUUCCAUAUGAAGAACUGUAAACCUACUUUUGGUCCACCCUGUAUUUACCUCCUGCCCUUUUAUAAUCUCUAUUGAUUUAUGUUUAUUUACAGUAGAUUAGUUCAUAUUUUCUGUAAUCUUAUAGGCAUCAUAAGGUGUAUAGUCUUGAAAAAACUGGUUUCCUUCAUGCUGCAGUUAUUUUAAGAUUCAACAAUAAUGCUGAUGUGAAUAUUUAAUUCUUUUUACUGCUUUGUAGUAAUCUGUACUAUAAAUAACCACUUUGUUUAUCCAUUGAUCUGCCUAUGGUUAGGAUUAUUUCCAGGUUUGGGGUAUUAAAAAUAAAGCUGCUAUGAAUAUGUGCAUUCAGUUCUUUAUAUUCAUGGAUGUUGUAUUUCUCAAAUUGUUACAGUGUAGAUAUAUGUUUAAAUUUUAAGAAAUGUGGAACUAUGAUCUAAAAUGGUCGUUCCCUUUGCCUUCCCACCAACCCACAGUAUGUGAAAUUUCCAGUUCUGCAACUUUGCGAACCCUGCAUAUGGUUACUUUUUAAAAAUAUUAUCCUUGGAUAUCA